AUGGCUGACAGGAAACCAGCCCCAGGUGCUGCCUGUGAGGUGAGGUGUGAUCCACAAGACUCCGAGCAGAGAAAUGUCAGCAACAGAGACCCAGAGGAGGAGCAAAGGCGCACAUGUGAGAACGAGGAUCCGAAAAGGACGUGGGAGAUCCCGUCUCUCCAGGAGCUGGAGGAGGUUUUACAUUCAGCUCCACGCUCCUGUCGCCACAGAGAUGAGGUGUGGCCCAACCUGUAUCUGGGAGACAUGUUUAUGUCUCACGACAAGCUCGGGCUCUGGCAGCUGGGCAUCACUCAUGUUCUGAAUGCAUCGCAUGGAAAGCUGUGCUGUAAGGGCAGUGAUGAUUUUUAUGGAACAACCGUGAAAUACUACGGAGUCCCGGCCAACGACCUGCCAACAUUUGACCUUUCACCUUUUUUCUACCCUGCUGCUGAGUUCAUUCACCAGGCUUUGACAUCAGGAGGAAAGGUGUUUGUCCACUGUGCUGUGGGUGUGAGUCGCUCAGCUGCGCUGGUCCUGGCCUACCUGAUGAUUCAUCACCACCUCAGCCUCCUGUCCUCUACGCGCUGUGUGCAACAAAAACGCUGGAUUUUCCCAAACAGAGGCUUCCUGCGACAGCUUAUAACCCUGGACAAAAAACUGCAGGCCGAAAGGUCAAAUGAAGCAAAAUGA